AUGGACGUAUCCAGUGACGACAAACUAGAGACAUGGAUGUUCGUCUCGCGGAUACAGUACUGGCUCGUGCUCAUCUUUGCAUUUUUAUCGGUGCUGGUGCUGCUCGUAGCCCUGGGCAUCGUUCUCCGCAUCCGCCGCUCCCACUAUUUCCUCUUCUUGAUGUCAAUCGUCUGUGCAGAUCUGGCGAUGCUGAUCAUCAUCCUUUUGGAGCUGCUCUCACAAACGUUAUUUCCGCUGAUGAAGGGCCCGUUGCUAUGCAAAGCGAUGCACUUCUUCUCGAACGUGGCCGCCACGUUCGUCAACUGGACCUGGGUGCUGAUGUUUGUGCAGCGAUUCGCGAUCGUUUUCUUCCCGAUGAAGAGAAUGGAAUCGGGUCUCUUCGGUGUGCUGCACUCUAGCAAAAAGCUGCUGCUGAUCAACCUGAUAUUUUCUUCGGUGACUCAGAGCUGGGCCCUACUCCUCAUCACCGAGAAGGACAUCGAGGGAGGGCUGGUGGUGUGCGAGAGGGACGAACGGUGGCUGGAUGAGCGCGGCUUCCAGAUGGUGGCCGUCGGCGAAGCCGUUGCCACCUACGUGCUGCCCUUCUUGGCGACGCUGGCCACCGACAUGGCCGUGUUGACGUGGAACUAUCGGACUUCUGGUUCGUCCUACUUCGCAAAGACGUACUUCUAUCUGGACGCCGCUCUCUAUCUCCUCUACCUCUGCCAAUUCCCCAUCGUCAUCCUCUACAUCUGGCAGAUUGAGCGCCAAGCUAACGGAGGGAAUUCGACCAGGAUGAAG